AUGUCUUACAACUAUCACGACUACGGACAUCUGCUCGAAAAAGGAACGAUUAGCAAGCAGCAGUUGAGAGCUAUGGUAUACUAUUUGAAUCGUGAAAUACGGAAGGGGCGGCAUGUGCCGAGACAUCUGACGCCGGAACUACUCGAGGAAGUCAUACAAUUACCAUCACUGAAUAAGAGGAGACGUUUCUUGCAAUUCUACGCGGGCAAAGAGUACAAAGAAUACAGGAAGCAGAACCCUAGAUCCCAGCCUGUUUACGACAAACCCAUCAUUGAGCCCUGGACGUCCACGGAUGUUUUGCCCAGGUAUGGCCUGUUCGCAAACUGCAUCUUCCCACGAAUAGAGGAGCGGAAACUCUAUAUGGUUCUCGAAAAACUUAUGUUGCCCCGACUGCCCUUCGCCCAGAGAGUUGCAGUGGACUUUUCCUUUGACGACUUGAUGAGUCCGAGGGAAAUGCGGAAACUCAGCGUCGAUAUGAAACUCAUGUUCGCGGCAAAUAGAUGGACGACGUCGCCGGUCAAUCUUCAUCUUUGUAGUUUCGAUCCCGAAACUAGCUUCUCUGCGCGACUGGUGACGAAUAUGGUAGCCGCGAGGAAACUCGCGUUCCCGUAUGAGUUAUCUCCGAAACCGGUUACGGAACUAUUCCCCCGGGAAAACAUUGUAUAUUUGAGUCCCGAGGGAGAGGGAGUGCUCGACAAUUUAGAUGAAGAUGUCAUCUAUGUGAUAGGGGCUCUCGUCGACAAGACCAAUCUGCCGGGAGUAUCCGCUCGAAGAGCACGAGAACUGGGGGUGAGGAGUAUGCGCUUCCCAACUUCUGCUUGCCUUCGAUGGGAGGAGAAAGGGGACGAACGGCCGUUGCAUCUGACUCAUUGUGUUCAGAUUCUGUCGAAGCUCUCGAGUGGAUGUCCAUGGGAAGAAGCUAUACGAGGACUCGAUGAUUUCCUCACAGUAGAGCUCUGAUGUACCGACUUACAUCUCGUGUACGUCCUGAAUAAAUUGUUU